AUUAUUUAUCGAUAGUCUAGCAGCCCUGGCUGACGUGCAUAAUGUGUUGAGAAAAAAGUCAGUUUAAUAUAAUUGAAAUACAGAAGCGUUUCAUAUUGUUUUUGUAUGCUGCCGCCGCUUAGCUGCAAUAUAAAUAUAUAAAUAUCAUUAAUCUAGCCCAGCGUCAUUGAACUGCGCGUUAUUUACGCAACAACAACAGCACAAACUAACAACAAUCAACAACUAGAAACCAGCAACUGAACAACAACAACAAAUCCCACAAUCAUGGCGAACAUGGCCGUAUCACGUAUCAAGCGCGAAUUUAAAGAAGUUAUGCGCAGCGAGGAGAUCGUUCAGUGCUCGAUCAAAAUUGAGCUGGUCAACGACAGCUGGACAGAGCUGCGCGGCGAGAUCGCCGGCCCGCCAGACACACCCUACGAGGGCGGCAAGUUUGUGCUGGAAAUCAAAGUACCCGAAACAUACCCAUUCAAUCCACCAAAAGUUCGUUUUAUAACACGUAUAUGGCAUCCGAACAUCUCGUCGGUGACCGGAGCCAUUUGCCUGGACAUACUGAAGGACAAUUGGGCCGCUGCGAUGACAUUGCGCACCGUGCUAUUGUCGCUGCAGGCACUGCUGGCCGCCGCCGAGCCAGACGAUCCGCAGGACGCCGUUGUCGCCUACCAGUUCAAGGAUAAGCACGAACUGUUUGUGCUGACCGCCCGACACUGGACCAACGCGUAUGCCGGCGGACCGCACACGUUUCCCGAUUGUGAUUCAAAGAUACAGCGUCUCAAGGACAUGGGCAUCGAUGAGCACGAUGCGCGCGCCGUGCUCUCCAAGGAGAACUGGAAUCUGGAGAAGGCGACCGAGUGCCUAUUCAGUUAGCUUCGCAGUCAACCGUACGCAGCAACAAUAAAAAGAAUAAGAACAACAACAACAACAACUAAAUCAGAAGCCGCAGCAAAACAUCAGCAACAAGAACUUCAAGUUAAGGAGCAGCAGUAGCAAAUUCAAUAAGAGCAUUCUCAAUUCAAUCAAUCAGUUCGUUUAGGAUCAAUCAAUCAAUCAAUCAGCUAAUCACAGCAAUCCAAAUUUUAGUACUGUUAGCCAAAAGCUGCACCCCCACACCCCUCCCUCCCACCUUCCUAACUUUACCAAACCCACGCAAAUCACAAUCACAACAUCGAUAAACGAAAACAAUUGGCAGAGUCCAACACACACACACACACACACACACAGCCACACACGCACACCCAAACAUUAUUUAUUGAAAUUUUUAAUUUGUUUUGUUUAUUUCCAAAUCCAUUUACUGUGUAAUUUGAAAGUUUUGCGCCCAAGCCGGUUCUCACUUGCCAACAAUAAUCCCAAUUUCACGUAAGGUUUUUUUUUUCUCCAAAAAAAAAAUAUAUAUAUAUAUGCAAUUCAUUAAAUAAAAGUGAGUACCGGUACUGGCCCCCACA